AUGGAGCACCACGACGCCGCGUUCUGGGACGCCGAGUACGCGUCGGGCGCGCUCGGCGAGCGGGCCUUCGACUGGCUCUUCGACUUUGCGGAGCUGGGCGAGGCGCGCUGGCGCGCGCUGCUGGGCCCCGCGGGCGGCCGCGUCGCCGUCGUCGGCUGCGGCCACGCGUCGCUGUCCGCGUCCGUCGCGGCGCUGGGCUACGACACGGUGUCCAUGGACAGCUCGGCGACGGUCAUCGCGGCCAUGCGCGCCGCGCACCCGGCGCUGGCGUGGGAGGUCCGCGACGCGCGCGACCUGCCGCCGCGGAGCUUCGACGUCGUCCUCGACAAGGCGUGCCUCGACGCCGUGCUCUGCUACGCGGACGCCUCCGCCGCCGACGCCUGCGUCGCGUCCUACGCGCGCGCGUUGCGGCCCGGCGGGCGGCUCGUCGUCUUCGCGUGCGCGCGCGAGCACGGCGGCGCGGACAACGACGGCUACGGCGGCGGCGCGCCGCGCGCGCUCGCGCUCGUCGAAACGCGCUUCCGCGACGUCGCCGUCGAGGAGCUCGCGGCGAGCCGGAGCAUCGCGCCGACCUACGACGACGUGCGGCCGACGCACUACGCGCAGAUCGUCGCCCGCGCGCCCGCGGAUGAUCCGGAGGCGCCGCCGCCCGCCGCGCCGCCGCCGCCGCGGGAGCCCCACCUCGACGACUACGCCGCGCCGCCGCCGCGGGAGCCCCACAUCGACGACUACGACGCGUACUACAGUGGCGCGCUCACGGACGGCCCGCCGGACCCGCACGACGCGUUCUGCUCCUGGGCCGCGCUCGCGCCCAAGUUCGCGGCGGCCGUCGCUCCGCUCGGCGCGCGGCCGCGCGUGCUCGAGGUCGGCCACGGCCUCAGCGACGUCGGCGCGGGGCUCGCGGCCGUGGCGGACUACUGCGGCGUCGACGCCGUGCCCGCGUGCGUCGACCUCCAGCGGUCGCGGUUUCCGGACCUGCGCCUCGCGGUCGCGGACGCGCGGGAACUCGGGGCCGCGGACGGCUUCCUCGCGCGCGCCUGGGGCGAGCCCCACGCCGACGUCGUUUUCGACAAGGGCACCUUCGACGCGCUCUUCUUGUACGCGGACCCGGAGAGCGCGGUGCGCGCGUACCUCGGCGGCGCGCGGCGGCUUCUCGCCGCGCGGCGCGGCGUCCUCGUCGUCGUCGGCUGCGCGCGGACGGACGGCAUCCUCCAGGGCACGGGCGCGCCGCGGCUCCGGGACUACCUCGACGCCGGCGGCUGGCGCGUCGACGCGCAGGAGGAGAUCCUCUCGGACGUCGGCGCGGGCGAGCGCACCUUCGACUGGAUCGUCGCGGCCCCGCCGCCCGACUAG